CAUCUUAACUUGAUUGCAUCUGCAAAGACUGUUUUCAAAUAAAGUCACAUUCACGGGUUCCAGGUGGACAUGAACUUCUGGAUGACACUAUUCAACCCAGGACAGUGGAUUCUGAUUUUAGGAGGAGGUGCUAAAAUACAGAGGAGUAUGGUCCUCUUGUCUCUCCUAACUGUUCUCACCCUCUCGCCCUGCAGGUGUGGGGCACCUGCUGACAAUGCCACGCUCCUUCCUGGUCAAGAGCAAGAAGGCUCACAGCUACCACCUGCCCCGCGCCCAGGAGGAUGAGCCGCUCUGGCCUUCUGCCCUCGGCCCUGUGGCCGGGGACCAGGUCCUGAGCAACAACCCUGUCCUCGGCACCCUGUUCCCAAACCAGUGCCUGGACUGGACUGACCUCAAGCAGGAGCCAGAACCAGAGCUGGACCAGAGCUUGACCAGGAUGGGCCCGGCCCCAGAGGGCCCUGUUUUGAUGUCCCGACCCCAGGAUGGGGACUUGCCAUCCUCCGACUCACCCCCAUUCUACAAGCCCAGCUUCUCCUGGGACACCUUGGCUUCAUCCUAUGGCCACAGCUACAGGCAGGCCCCCUCCACCAUGCAGUCUGCCUUCUUGGAGCGCUCCGUCAGCCUGUACGGCAGCCCUCUGGUGCCCAGCGCCGAGCCGCCCUUGGACUUCAGCCUCCACUACUCCCCGGGCAUGGACGCGUACCACUGCGUCAAGUGUAACAAGGUGUUCUCCACCCCGCAUGGGCUUGAAGUGCACGUCCGCCGCUCCCACAGCGGGACCCGGCCCUUCGCCUGUGACGUCUGCGGCAAAACCUUCGGCCAUGCCGUGAGCCUGGAGCAGCACACGCAUGUCCACUCCCAGGGGAUCCCGGCCAGGUCCAGUCCUGCGCCCAGCUUGGCAGUCCCGGGUCGCGAGGCCCCGCCUGUGCCUGACCCCCCGGGGCCUCGUUUCCUCCGGCAGGAGCGCAGCUUCGAGUGCCGAAUGUGCGGCAAAGCCUUCAAGCGCUCGUCCACCCUGUCCACCCACCUGCUCAUCCACUCGGACACGCGGCCCUACCCCUGCCAGUUCUGCGGCAAGCGCUUCCACCAGAAGUCGGACAUGAAGAAGCACACCUACAUCCACACUGGUGAGAAACCACACAAGUGCCAGGUGUGCGGGAAGGCCUUCAGCCAGAGCUCCAACCUCAUCACCCACAGCCGGAAGCACACAGGCUUCAAGCCCUUCAGCUGUGAGCUGUGCACCAAAGGCUUCCAGCGCAAGGUGGACCUGCGACGCCAUCGCGAGAGCCAGCACAACCUCAAGUGAGGCUGCCCCCACUCCCGGCUCCUGGCCAGCCAGCCCCGAGAGCACGUCACCUGGAGGGAGGCCAGCCUCACACCCCCAGACGCCCAGUCUCCUGGAGGCAGCACUGGACGGGAAUCUUCAAGCUUGUUUUGAGACUCACAAAAUUGCUGUGUGACCUCGGGCAAGUCAGUUUCCCUCUCUGGACCAACAUUUCUCCUGCUGCGAAGUGCAGCAGCCGGGCUGGGCCAUUGCUGAGCUAAUGUCUGCAGGUUUAACAGUUUGGUGUCUUCCCUGGGGUAGAGCCCUGGAGGCCAGAGUAGCCCCAGGGGGACAGAGGUGCCAAGAACAGACCGGAGCUGGGACCCACAGAGAGAUCGCCCCACUCUGCCUGCUGCCCACUGGGAUCUGGUCAGCUUGGGUUUCAGCAGGUCUCUUUCUGGCUGCCACGGAUGGUCAGAGCUAUCUCCUGCCCCAGUGGGAGCCUAGCACCCCUCUGCUUCCACCGACAUGCUGGCUGCCCCCCACUUCUGACAAGUACUCAGGCCACUGGGGUUCCAGUUUUGCUGUCAAAACACAGGGCUGGGGAAACCAGCCAUUAUUGCUGUCAAAGCCUGUUCCUCUCAACUGCUGUAAAUAAAAAUGA